AUUUUCCUCUUUUGUACAACAAGAGAAGUGGAUUGUCUUCAAAGGACACUUCUGCCAAUCUUCAGCAAGAGUUUGAGGACAGUUGCUUUAAGACAGAGCUGACCUAUCCCAACAACAUUCCAGAAACAAAAGCCCAUUUCCAACCUCACCGCGCAGAAUUUCACUCCAAAGAAAAAAGCACCAACGAACCUGGACCGAUUCCUUUCUACGUUCCUCAUCACUGCUGCAUAGAUAGUUAUCCAGUGGCACAUAGUGAAUCCCUUUCUUAUGCUGAUUGGGCUACCAUUCCCAGUUCUCUUCAACUUGGCAUCCACCACUAUGGUACUGAUGGACAAUAUUUAAGAAAUGAGGCAGUAAACAGUCAGCAACUGACUUCAGGACUGUUUACAAAAAACUCAGGUACAUCCUCCGUAAACCUUGAUGAAGGAGAUAAAAUUGCUUCGGUGCCUGCCAAGGAACAGCAAGAUAAACCCUUAAACAAAGCUAAAAGUAAAAUAAUGAGGAAGUUAACUCGUACUCUGAAGAAUUCUCAACCAGAAGGGGCAAGAAUUGCUCACCAAGGCCAAGGAAUUCCAGGGCCAAACAAUUCGUAUUUUAGUAGAGAUGAACACAUUCCAAAGCAACCUAGUUAUGUUAGGUCUCCUGAAUUCUCGGAUAAUCUUUUGCCAGUUUGGGACCCUGAGAAGAAAUGUCUAAUAUAUGUUGAUAAAUGUCCCAUUGCUACUCAGCCUAAACUGUCACUGAAGUUAAUGGCUAAUGUCAUUAGAAAAUCCAUAUUAGAAGGUCUGGAAAAAAGCCAGGAUGUUUAUACAAAACCUUCUCUGGAAAAUACCUUUAAUUUCUCUCAUAACCUGGCUCAUUCUGAAAAUCUGAAAAACACGGAGUAUCAGGAAGGCUCCAGUGCACAAAUGCAAGAGUUACGUAUGCUGAAUAAUACAGAACAGGGCCUUAAACCUAGGAGUUCAGUUAUCUCUAAUUUUUCCGGUUCAAUUGAAGAUUUUCGGUAUGAUGAUAAAAGCUCAUAUAUUCCAAAAUGCGAUGUGCAUCUGACAUCAUCCAGCGGCACUCACCGUGGACAUUCUUACUCUAAUAAAGUUGAUGUUCCCACGCUUUUAGAAAGAUUUACCCUUAAAGAAAAUGCUCGGAAGUCAUAUAUUGAUUGUAAUGAAAAGAACAGGCUACAUCCAUCUUUAAGGCAGAAAAAGAAAAGUGAUAAUGCUAUACUAGAUGGUCCAGUUCAGAGGAACAAUGUGUGGAAUCUGUUCAGCAAUUUGAGGAAUAAAGAAGAUGACAGCAUUAAAAGCCCUUUGUUAAUGCCAGCUGUGUCUCCCACUACCAUCUUUGAUGUUGAUAAAGUACUAAGUGAUACUUCCAAAGGAGAAUAUUUGGGAUCUAAAGGUCUACCUGCCAGGAAACAAGCGACAACUGGCUAUUGCUCAUCCUCCUCUGAUGACGAAUGGGAAUAUAAGCCUUCCCCUCAACUCCCGGUUAAAAGUACUCUUAGAAGGAACAAAAAGUUGGCAAAAGAAACAAAGCAACUGGUUAAACAAAAGGAACUAAAAAGACUUCACAAAGCACAG